AAUUACUAUGUACCAGUCUCUCCUUACCAUCGCACGAUCAAGCGUCUGCUGCAACUAAGUUCACGACUGUCUUUCAUGAUAUUGUCUUGUAUUUAUCCUUAGAGCCUUGAAAAGAAUCUUCUAAAGCAUCAUGCACUGCCUUGUAAUUGGAGGGUGUGGUUUCCUGGGCAGACACAUAGUGGAAGCUCUGCUGGCCAAAGGUCACACGGUCAAUGCCUUCGACAUCAGAAAGACCUUUGAGAAUGAGAAGGUCACAUUCUUUAUUGGAGAUCUGUGCAGUAUACAGGAUUUGAGUCCAGCCCUGAAGGAUGUAGAGGUGGUUUUUCAUGUUGCUUCUCCGUCCCCCCUAAGCAAUAACAGAGAGCUGUUCUACAAGGUGAAUUACACAGGAACUAAGAAUGUGAUCGCUGCAUGCAAAGAAUCUGGUGUCAAGAGGUUAGUGUUAACAAGCAGUGCCAGUGUGGUCUACGAGGGAGUGGAUAUCAAGAAUGGUGACGAGUCUCUACCGUAUGCCACAAGUUUUAUGGACUCCUACUCAGAAACGAAAAUACUCCAAGAAAAGGUUGUGUUGGAAGCAAACAACCCAGCUGAAAGCUUCUACACGGCAGCCAUCAGACCUCACUCUAUCUUUGGACCGGGUGACGUGCACAUGGUGCCAACGUUGGUCCAGACAGCCAGAGCUGGAAAAACCAAGUUUAUGAUAGGGAAUGGUGCAAACUUGGUUGACUUCACGUAUGUAGAUAAUGUCGUCCAUGGUCAUGUGCUGGCAGCAGAGAAGCUUGUAUCAGACCCAGACAAUGUAGGAGGCAAGGCAUUCUUCAUCACCAACGACGAACCCGUUCCUUUCUGGUCCGUCCUGACCCGCUUCCUGGUCGGCCUCGGUUACGACGCUCCUAAGUACCACCUCCCUUACUUGCUCAUCUACUUCAUCUCCCUCAUCAUCGAGUUCAUCUGCACUCUCCUCAAGCCGUUCACCAACAUCAAUGUCACCUUCACGCCCAUGAAGGUGGCCAUAGCGGGGACCUACCACUACUACAGCUGCGAGCGGGCCAAGAAACUCCUGGGGUACAAGCCCAUCGUGAGUCUGGACGAAGCCAUCCAGAGGACAGUGGAACAUUUUGAGCACCUGAGAAAAGGAAAAUGAUUUUUUAAAGGGGUAUUCAUGAUGGACAUUUUUGAUUGAUGCAGCUUGUUAUUUAUGAUAUCCGUAGAUGGAAUGAGGCAAGCAAAUGCCUUUCCAGUCAGCAUUUAGAACUGUUAAUUACUUAAAGGGGGUGUAGCUUGACGAGACUAUGUGUCUUUCCCGUGGCUUGACUCUGG